UUCGGGUCGUCAGUCUUCGGCAAGUCAGCAAAGCAACCAGAUGUUAAUUCCGUUACUCUGCGUUUUCCACAGAAUCAAAAUAAAAAAGUAAAAUACCCAUCAUCGUUGUGUUAGUGCCAGUGAAAGAUUCUCAAAAUUGAAAGUGAUUGAAAAUAUUGUUACUCAAUCAGCAGAACAAACUUUGUGAUCCUUGAUUGUGUCCCGCGGGUGUGCGGUCGUUACUGCGUCAUAUCGCCAGCCAACCAAGAAGAGGGCGUUUGAUUAUAAAUUAGUUCCCGCAGGCAAGUGACCUCAGUUCGCAAUUGACUUCUCGGAACCUAACCUCACUUCUUCAGUUCUCCAAAGUGCGAAGUCAGCUCAGAAAAAGUGAAGUUAUCGACGGAAAAACUUUUGGGGGAUUUGGAAAUUGAAAAAUCCGUAAUAGGAUUUGGUCGGACCGGUUAGAUACAAGUGUGGGGGGAAGGAAAUUUUUACACACUGAGAGUCUUGAUUACAUCACCGGAAGACUACCAGUUCGCGGAGCAAAAGCACCAUCACCCUGCAGAGGAGCGCUAGUGCUUGGCCCUAGCUAGGCCAGCAGAAGCUGACGUGAAAAGCUACUUUUCGAGUCGAAAAUUUGUUUAAAUAAGAAUGUGACUGUUGAGGAAGUGGCUCAUUCCUGUAAGAAAAAUAAAGUAAACAUAAACAGUACAUUACCGGAAGGAUCUACUACGUUGCGAGUAUUUCGCCAGAAGGAUAUCGGAUUCCAUAAGAAAGAGAUACUUUGGAUUGUGAAGUUUUCAAGUGGUAGUAAGAAGUGCUUGUGUGUGGAAGGAACAGUCGCCACUACAGUGCGUUUGAUAAGAAACUUUGCCUUUGCCGUUGUGUGAGAAUUCGUACGAUUUUUCUCUAGUCAGUAUUUUUUACACUGUGAACGAAAACUGACCGGAAAGAUACAGUCGGAAAAAGUAUGUCCCAACGUGACCGAGAGACAUUCAUUCAUCUAUUUGCUGGAGGUAUCGCAGGUACUGCUGGCGCCGUAGUAACAUGCCCGCUGGAAGUGGUCAAAACUCGUCUGCAAAGUUCGUCCGCGUCGUUUAUACAUAGCUUACCGGCCCGUAUUGCGACGGCGACGAUUUCCUCCGGAUUGGGUGAAGAACGUGGCAAACGGAUUGGCAACGAAAACCAUCAGCAUCAUAAUCAGCUAAGAACCGCGGCCACGAAUUCGGAUCACCAUUCCAGCAGACAGCGAGUAUGUCCCAGUUCCAUUCUCAGUCGGCGGCGCCCAUCGAUCCUUGCGAUUCCACAGUGUGGCCUGUCUACAUCGGUCCAGUCGAUCUCGAUCUGGCAAUGCCUGAAGCACAUCGUACAAACCGAAGGUUCCCGAGCCCUAUUCAAAGGCCUCGGUCCGAACAUUGUCGGAGUAGCGCCAUCUCGGGCGUUCUACUUUUGUGCUUACUCUAAGACUAAAAAUGCACUGAACACGGUUGGUAUCAUACCAGCCAACUCGCCGUUGGUGCACAUCAUGAGUGCAUCGUGCGCCGGCUUCGUGUCGGCCACCCUCACCAAUCCAAUUUGGUUCGUCAAGACACGACUCCAGCUAGAUUCUAACACCAAACUGACUGUGACGGAAUGCGUGAAGCGAAUCUACGAAAGCCAGGGCAUCCGAGGCUUCUACAAGGGCAUUACCGCCAGCUACUUUGGCAUCUCGGAGACGGUGAUUCACUUCGUGAUCUACGAGGCGCUCAAAAAGAAACUGAAUGAGCUACGUGACACUCGGCCAAGCGACAAUAAGACGUCCCGAGAUUUUCUCGAAUUCAUGGCGGCGGGUGCUACUUCUAAGACGAUUGCUUCCAUUGUGGCCUACCCGCACGAGGUCGCUCGGACCAGGCUGCGCGAGGAGGGCAACAAGUAUCGCAGCUUCUGGCAGACGAUCUACACCGUCUGGAAGGAGGAAGGCAAGGCGGGAUUGUAUCGCGGUCUGGGCACUCAACUGGUUCGCCAGAUCCCCAACACGGCGAUCAUGAUGGCUACAUACGAGGCCGUCGUCUAUGUCCUGUCCAACGAAAUCAAUCCAACCAAGCUGAUCGUCGGCAACUGAGAGCAGGAGCACUGCCAGACGGCGACAGCGGAAACAAACUGCGAUCACUGUUUUCCGGCCCUGGCAGCGUUACUAUUCCGAGAGGAAACGGGCAGAAGUAGUAGCAGCAACAGUAACGAAGCCACCGAGGAACGUGUUGACGCGGGAACGUUUAGCUGGUUCGAGCUGGACCACCCUGCCACCGUUGUACAUUGUAUUUGUGAUUUUUACGUAGACCUCUAAGAAGGUCUACGCCUGUGUACAUAUAUGGUUUUUGGAGCGAGCACGAGAAAUGGCCGCAGGUGAAAGAGUCAGGGGUGUAAUAUUGUUCUUUUUUAUUAUUGCACACCGUUGUUUAUAUACACCAAAUUAUUAAGAAAUAUUUAUACAGAGAAAAAACAUUGAUUAUAUUUUUCAAAGCCAACACACAUUUAGAAGUUAAGAAAUCUUUGUAGAAGCAGCGAAACAGUUGCUUCAACUGAGCGAAAGACGAUGCGCGAAAAAUAGCGCGUGCUACGACUGUACAAGUGUAAAAAAAGAUUACAAAUCUUGAAUGACUGUGAGACUGACCGUUUGUUUCGGUGAAAACAUUUUUCGUUAUUAUUUUUCGGUUCUACGGAAAACAAAUCUUUCCUAGUUAUGUUUUUAGUUAUCAUUAUGUUUUUUUUUACUUUAGUCUAAAAUUUGUUGGAACUAAGAAAAGAGAACAAAACAUAAAAUCCGAGACUUUUUAAAUAUUAUCAUACAAAAUGGAAUACCGUUUUUCACAGGAUUAUUUGUAAUAAAUUAAUUGUUUGUGAAUAAAAUUUCAGAAAUAAAUGUUUUUCUUCGGUCGGUCCAUUUUGUGCGAUAAUAAAAAAACUCUUUACGGUCGUGCAAAGCAAGUCAUUCCUAUAUGUGUAUGGAUGCCAUAUACAGAUGGGACUCACUUGCGAUUCACGGCAGUUUAUUGCUUAGCUUAUUUGGCAAAAGUUUGUUUUAGUUGUAAGGCACUAGUGCUAGCAAUUGAUAAGGAGCAGGAGAAGAUAGUAAGAAAUUAUAUUAAUUUUUUAUUAGAGCUCCUAAUUGCAUCCUGUUUUGCCAUGUUUAAAAUUGCUUCUAGUACAAAUAUAAGGCGUAAUCCGAUAGUGGAUCAAACCGUACUCAACCAAAUCUAGAAUCUAGUGAAUGUUUCCUAGGAAAUAUCUUUAUCAUUGAAGAAGAAAUAUCUACUUAGAGAACAUGAUAGCAGUUUCCCGUUUGAUACAAUUUGAAAGGUUUUAUAAGGUUUCAGAUUUGAUUGAGAGCUAAUACGCACAAUAUUUGGACUGGGUGCCAUGAGGAUGAGCGUUGCAAAACUAAUUACUGCUAUCAUAGUUUGUAUUCUCUUUACGCUAGCCCUUGAUUAAGGCAUUUUUAUGGUUUCAUCAUCAUUUCGUAGUUCAAUAAAGUGACAGACUCACUUUUAGGUAUUCGAUAGACAAUAUGGCUGAGUCUGUGGGCUGAAUACUUAGUAGGAAUGAUAUAUUUAGUUAAAGAGAUUUAACUGCGUAGAAAGUGGUUGUUUAAUUUGACUAUUUAGAAGUUAAAAGUACUUGUGCUUAUUGCAAGGUCGAAAGAAAAGUCAAUAUUGGCAAUUCCUCUUAUAUUCGAAAGGUAGAAAAGCACUUGGUACUAUAAGCAAAUAACUAAACUUAUUUGCAAGAAAACAACCACCCUUUACCAGUUGUUUAACUUUUUAAAGCUGUGAUUUACAUUACUAUGAACUUUCAGCGUGAAAAAAAUGUGGUAUUGCAUUGUAAUCAGAGAAUAAAGAAGAAAAAAGAUAUACCUAAAACCAACACAAAAAUAGCACUAAAACAUUAUUGUCGAUCAGCACUCACUCUACAAACUACGAGAAUUAAGAUACAGAUAUGAUAAAUCACUAGUCGAACGCUCAAAUCUAUUGCCCAAUGUUAGCGAGCACAACUAUCGGUUAGUAAAGCGAGGACACUGAACUUAUAUAGGAAUGUACAACGAGACAAAAAUAACCAUCGAGAAUCAUUAGAAAUUAUUGCUGAAUAACGAACAAGUUGUGCCAAGGAACAUUAUAGAACCUUAAAAACAAAAACAUCCAAUUAGCGACAGGGAAAACAACAGUAAACAAUAUGGUCUCUCCUAUAUCUAACCGAGUGCGUCAUUUUUAAGGCAAUGGUCAGUGUUUUUUUGCAUGGCAGCCAAAACGAUGAGGUGUCAAUGGCCUCGAAUUUUGCUUUCAUUCCUGGUGGAUGAUGCCUCAUAGCGAAGGGAAAUUAAUAGUGCAGAAAAUCUCGUUCGACAACAACCUGGCAUCUUUAGUACGUACUACUGAAAUUUAAUGGCUGAUGAUCAAAAAUGGUCGGUUGUAAAAUGUACCUAGAUACAUUAAAUGCUAGUAGUGUGCAGCGACGAGUGGAAUGUAGAUCGUUGAGUUAACAGAUAAAAUAAUAUUAAAUAACAUGCUAAUAUACCACAAAACGCUUAAAAAUGAAAAUUUCAUUCUGUUAUCAUACUGAAGAAACAUAUGAUAAAAGACGAAAAACAAAAUGUAUUGAAUUGUUUAUUUUAAGAAAAAUAUAAUAAAAGUGAAAAAUAAUACAAA